AUGGUUCUGCGUUCGUUGGAAUUCUACGACUUGACAUCAUCUGAAGAGGACAAUAACGAAUUACAUGUGCCGGGAUGGCACAUCUUCGCUGGAGACUCCGGCAUUUUUGCCAUUAAUUUUGUUUCCUCGCCAUUGUCAUCCAUGAUGUUUUCAAGCUUCUUGAACGACGAGAGCGAGGUUCUUGAGCCGUGUCCAGCUGAGAUCUCAGAUGGUCCAUCUGUGCAGCGAACACCGAACACAUCACUCCAUCUCGUUAGCGGCCUUCUUCGACUCGCUUAG